AUGAAUCAAACUUUCCUGACCCUACACGAUAUUUCACGACCUACCACUAUAAUAAUCUCAUAUAUAACUUGUGUCAUCUCAACAGUCAUCAAUAUUCUAGGCAUUUAUUUGAUCCGAACUCAAUCAGGUCGCGAAACAAAACUUUACAAAAAUGUUCUGAUAUUCUCUCAAAUCGCAUUUUACAUUCCUCAAACUUUCUGGGGACUUUGUCUAUGUGCAAUUCCACUGUUACCAUUCCCAGCUAUUCUAGCGCACGGGUUAUUAAAAAAUAUAGCUCCAGUUUGGAUGAUGGGUGCGAUUUGGGGAGCAAUGUUUCCAUUUUAUAUGAUUUCAAUGUUGGCAGUGCUUUUGGUUCGGUUAAAUAUUAUUGUGAGAGUUGAAAGUGCUAUUAGAUUGAAGCCGAUUACUCAGAUUUCAAUUAUUGUUAUUUAUUUGAUUAUUUUGAUUAUUGUGCUGGAAUUGACGGCUUUAAAAUUGAAUUUUUCUCAAAAAUCGAUGGAAGAUCUUAUCAGAUUGGUAAGAGGAUAUGCCAACGCGGAAGCUUGCGGUCAACGCUCGCUUCCGCGCAGCUUUUGGAAAAUCAAGAAGCUCUCGAGAGAGUUAGGCUAACUUUGCCGCUGCGCGGAAGCUUGCGGUUUUGAAUUUUGAAGCUGAAAAACAUACACUAGACUCUAAUCUUGAAAAUCCCAUAUUCUGUGUUUUUUCAAACACAUCUAUAAUUUUUGAAGUCGGAAAUCUAAAAGACAACAAAAACUACACUCUAGUUAAUCUCAAUCUCCAAAAUUCAGAAAAAAAAUAUUUUAGAAUUGAAGCGAAGAUUCAUCAAAAGCUCUAGAAUUUCGAAAAUCUGUAAUUUACUAUGAGCUUAACUUUUAGGGGUCAAAACUUUUUCUGAUAGAUCAAAAAAAUCCACAUUUUUCUCGCCCUCAAACAUCUCUUUCCAUUCAGAAAGUUCAUCAUUUCAGGAUUAUCCCGAGUACUUUAACAUAACACAAAUCUACGGUGUUUUGAUAUUCUCCGAUCCUUCCAGCCUCAUAACCCUAAUGUACACUAUCAUAUUAGUUGUCUCAAUUCUCGUCAUCGCAUUCUCUUUUGUUCGCUACGCAAUUUAUUACGAAAUCAAGAUGCAAGUGAAUAAGAUGAGCAAUCGUCAGCAGAAAUAUCACAAGAAAAUGGCGAAAGAUUCGGCUGUUCAGGUUUUGGUGAAGACCGCGUGUUUUGCAACUUAUGGAAUAUGGGUGACGUUGACGAGUUUGAUGGAUAGAGACUUCAAUUCUAUUCGUGGGUGUUUUUUAUUUUAUUUUUUUUGGGAGAUGUUUGAUGCCUUAGAAGCUGAAAAGUUCAGUGAGAGAUUUAGAGAAAAAUAUUUUUGAUCUACCAGAAAAAGUUCACAAUGUAAAAUUGGACCUUUUGAUGUUAUGACAUGUGAGAACAUCAGAACUUUCAAAUUUUGAACACAUUUCUAACUUAAGAUCCCGAUCUUGCUUGCCACGUCAUAACUUUUUUUCUAAAGGAUCAUCGGAAGAUUUUCGAUAAAUCCACGUUUAUCUUAAAUAAAAGUUGAGAUAAUUCUAUGUUUUUUUUUAAAUUUCAAAUUUCCUCCAAAGAUUGAUGUGUCCAAACACUGCCACCCGCUUUUGCGCACAAGAUACAAGAUACAAGACGCGCGUACAGUUUUCAAAACUUAUAUUCUUCAAAUUUAGGGCAACUAUAAGCAAAGGCUUCCCAGACCACCCAAAAAGUUUUCCAAAUUUUUUUCUAGCUCUAACCUCAAUAUUCCACACAAUGCUAGUUGGCUCACCAAUCCCUGGCACAAUCAUAAUGUUCUUCCAAAAUACCGCAUACCUCAAUCGAAUCAAACAACUUUUGGGCUUCAAAACAGUGGCCAAAAGCACUUUCCCAAGUAUAAAUAGCACAUCACAAAUCACCAGAUGAAAAUGAAGUGAAAGAGGAAAUAAAGUGCAGUUUCGAAAAAAACAUCCGUCAAAGUUUAUUUUUGCAGUUAGACUAAAUUAAUUUAAAUUAUGUAUUCUGUAAUUAAUUAACUUUUUAAUGAAUGAAUAAUUUAAUGGUUUGGUCUAGCAAAGGCUGAAAUUAUACUCCGUGUUUUUUUGGUUGCUCACAGCUCGGCUCAGAAUAAAAACAACUUUUUCUGCUGAAAACAACACUCCAAAAAGUAUUUAUUUUAUGUAAAUUUUUUAUAGUUGCCUAAAUCCCUUCUGGAAAAACAUUGGCUUAACUGAAAAUAUAUUUUUAUUUUUAUUUUUUUUGCAUUUUUUUGUGUGUGUGGCCAAAAAUUUGAUUUAAAGCACCAAGAAAACACGUACUUUUGUGAAUCUUCUCAAUUUUUUUGUCUGAAAAUAGGAAUAAAGUGUUGUUUUGAUGAUCACUAAAUUCGGGAAAAUCCCGAAAUUUUCACUGUAAUCUUGUAAAGGUCGAAUAGAUUUUUUUGUUAGGAAAUUAAAGAUUACAGGGAUUUUUGAACGUUUGGAGACUUUAGAAAGCUUCCGGGAUAUUCAGAAGGCUAUGCGAGACUUUGUGGGGCUCUAGGAGGCUUUUGGAGGCUUCAGGAAGCUUCAGAAGCCACUCCCUACACAAAUUUUUGAAAGAGUGGGAGAAGACAUGCAAUUUUUAUCAAUGGGGCGCACUUCCAUUUUUACUUUUAUUUUCUUGUUUUUCGAAAACUAGAUUUUUGAGCAUAGAUUUUGAUGAGUUAGCCUAUUUUUUCAAUUUUUCCAAAAUCCCUCCCCAAAAAACUCACCAAUCGCUUCUAUUUCUCAUAUCACACAAAAAUAAUCGAGAAAUCCAAAACCAUCCAAGUUUUCCACGUUAUUGGCAUUGAAAUCCAAUUGUCCAUUUAUGUUUCGAGCUGAAAAUCAGAAAAUUUGACUGAAAUCCACUGAUUUUCCCCGGAAACCUGAAAACCCAGCGAAAAAAAACGAAAAAUGAAAAUUAUCUCGUGUUGCGCUAAACAGCGGGCAAGCGGGAGUGUCGUCGUUUUUUUUAUGAGGGAGAGAUUUGUCAUUCACGUAUUUUUUUUUUGUUUUUCCAUGUAUUUGAAUAAAAUUUGUUGUAAAAUUCAUAUUUAUCUAUUUUCCUAUUACAAGUAAGUUUAGUUGAUUUUUGAUAGUUUUAUAGUAAAACUGGUGCUCAAAAAGUAAUUUUAUGAAAAAAUGUAUUUUCUUGAAGUUUUCUUUUGUUUAAUGUACUUAUAAGUAGAGAUGGAAAAACGGGCGUUAGGGCCGCCCGAUCGCCCAAUUUCUUGACGACCCAUUUGCCCGGACGCCCGAUCGCCCAGACGCCCGAUCGCCCGUUCGCCGCCGAAAAAUUUUUGUUAUGAAAAAUAUUCGCCGACACGUGAAAAAAUGAACCAUUUCUAUUUUUAGGCGGCGAACGGGCGAUCGGGCGAUCUGGCAAAAGCGAUUCCAAAAAAAGUAGGUCACGUUUUCACGUAAGCGGGGCCCGCUUUUCCAUCCCUACUUAUAAGUAUAUUUAAAUUUGAUUCAUUUCUAAUUUACAGAUAAACGUCAGCGAGAUUAUGGAAAUAUCGAAACAAUUUGUGAAGCGAGUUUGGGUCGAAUGAUUUUGAAUUUCGUAGAAAACUGGAAGAAAAGUGAGUUUUUUAACAUUGUCUUUAAAAAAGUUCUCUCUCGAGGCUUUAAAGGGCUUCACCGGGCUUUUGGAGGCUUCAGGGGACUUCAGAAGGCUUUUCGAGACUUUAAGAGGCUCUAGAAGGCUUUAGAGGGCUUUAACGGUCUUUAGUGGACCUCAGGAGGCUCCAAGUGGCUACAGAAUAUCUCACAACAAAUUUCUAACCAAUUUUUUUCCAAAAGUGUUGUUUUGAUGAUCGAAAAUCUCACAAAAAUAAUUUACUGUGAUCAUCUAAAGGUCUAAUAGAUUUUUCCCACGAAAAACUGUUUUUCUAUAAAAAUUUUCAAAAAUAAUUAGAAUUCUGGAGAGGCUCUUUUCCAUCCAGUUUUGACCUAAAAGUUCAGCAAAAAAAGUUUUGAGUCAUUUUGAAAAUUCAGCUGUCAAAUAGCACUUUUGAAGACUGAGGUAUUUUUGUUCAAUUUUUGAAUUCUUCCUCUGUUUUUGCAAAGAUCAAUUGAAUAUUUUCUAGGAGCCUCAUUUCAUUUCAUCUAA